AUGUAUAGUUCUAAACAAGAGGAGACGCAGUCCUCGUCCUUCCGCCCCGGCUUCCUCCGGCCCGGUCCCCGGGAGGGGGCGGGGACCACGCCUCCCGGCGGCCGUGCCCGUGGAGCCUGCGCAGUGAGCGCGCGCUGCGGGGGGCGGCCACUGCGCACGCGCCCGGCGGCCGCGCCCACGCGGCGCUCCUUCAAAAGUUGCCCUGGCGCCGAGGGCCGCGCAGAGCGGCGCGGCGGCCGCCACGGGACGGAGGAGAGGGAGCUCCCGGGGUGGGGAGCGGGGCUUCUCCGGAGUGACAGCCGUGCUUUCCCAGGGGAAGCCGGGAAGCCUUCUGUGCCGUCCGCCGACGGCUGCUGCAGGGAGCGCCGUCCAUCCUUUCGGAGCCCCCGGGCGGAGGAGCCGGCGGCGUGUGGGCCCGCGAUGCCCGCCCCCCGCCAGGCUGGACCCCGCGGAGGCGCGUUCCCACGCCGAUGCCGGCUCCCGGGUGUGCGGAGCCCGGCGCCGCUGCUCCCGGUGAGGCCGCGGACGGGGGUGCCCCUGGCGCUCCGUCCGCCCCGGCUUCCCGCCCGCCAGAGCCUACAGGUGGUCUUGCUUCAGGGUGGCUGGUGACCUUCCAGAAAAGGAAAACAAUGGAAAAUCAUCAAAAUUACCAUAAACCGCUGCCAACUGAAUGUUUCUUUUUACCAUGCAGAGUGGAGGGAAAUGGUAUUCCUGCAUUACAUAAUCUACAACAACCUACUUACCUACUGUCUUCUUAAUCUACAUUAUUAUUGGAAGCAGGGCCUGAGACAGAGGCAGACAUAUUCUACUUGGGAAUAUAAUCCUAGGGAGCAGGAAUGAGAGAGAGGAAAGAAAAUUCAAGCAAAAUAAGGUAGUGUUAUCAAGUGUCUGCCACUAUUAACAGUUUCUUAGUGAAGAGCCUUCUCAGGAUCCUUACUAAAUUUUGUGUUGGAACUGUCUGUCUGCAGAUUGACAGGGAGAAGCAUUUAUCUCUCAGCACCCAUCUCCUACAUAUUGAGAACUGCUCCCUUUGGUGUUAAUUCCCCCAGCCCUGAAGUUGCAAAGCUGGGAGAGCCUCCCUGGCACCAGAGCAUCACUCAUUGCCACAGCAGAGAAGCCGUGAGAUAGGAAGCCAGAUCCUUGGGCCAGGCUGGAGUGAGGCACUGUCAGCACAGAACAGGGGGAACCUUCCCAGACUGUUCACCAGCGUGGUGGCUGGACCUGGAGGUUGCAGAGAUGUGAGACAGAGCACAGCAGACAUCAUAUAAGCCUACAGAAUGUGCUUUUAGCUGUGUCCAAAUCUAUUUUCUCUCUUUUUUCUGUAAUCAAAAUUUCAGUGUCCAGAACAAGGCUGGCAGAAGUAGAAAGUUUAACUGUGUUAGAAUAUGUACAUUAAUGACAGUUUUAACCUUAAGGGAUUUUUGUAAGAAAUAGGACAGGAACAUGCAAAAUACAACAUGAGAACUUGGGAAAAUAAAAAUUAUAUAUAUUGUACUUGAAACAUUAGACUAUUGAAUAGAGAUACUAGAUAUCUUCUAAACUCAUGUAAUCUCAGAAAACAAUCAUGAAUUGUUUGAAGAAAUAAAAUGAACCUUUUGUUGAGUC